AUAGUUAGUUUAGACUUGUUGUAAAAUUUAUUUCGACACUACGAUGAGUUUGCAAAUGGAGCAACUCCAAGAUGCCAUGAAUUACUUGUGUCUCGCUGCGGCUGCUUCGAUUUCUGGAGCUGUUAUUGCAGUCUCGUGUACAUCGGGCCAACGUGAAAACUCCAGAGCUGGCAAAGGAAAGUCUGGACGAUCGAAACGUUCCAAGCGUGAUAAGAAGAACCAGAACAGAGACAGAAGAAGGCUCCAGCUGAUGGUGCUAAGCCGGUAACUCCUGCUUCUCCAUCGGCUCCUGCCAAGGGUGGUGCCGGUGCUGCAAAGUCUGCGGCCUCGAAAGAAGGAUCACAGAGAGUCAAAAAGUCAAAGAAACCUUCGGAGAGAGAGAAAGCACCAAAGGAGGACAAGAACGAGGGAUCUUCGAGAGCCAAAAAGGCUUCAAAGGAGAACCAGGAUGCUGAUAAGAAGCCUGAGGAAGAAGGAAAGACUCCGCCACCAGCCAACCGUGAUGAUGAAACUAAGGCACCAGCUCCAGUCGAACCAUCUCCAAAGCCCGAGGAAGAGGUCAAGCCGGUAACCCCACCACCAACAACUGCUCCGCCUGCACAACCAGACAACCAAGAAAACAUGGGAUCCGUUUACCUCGACAAUGGAAAGAAUUCGUAUGAUAACCAGAAGGCAAGCAACCCUGCUGGUGGUAACAAUUCCGCUUAUCAAUGAUUUUUUGAAUAAAGUUUGAUCAUGAGGU